ACAAAACGAAACAAUCUACAGAAAAUUGUUUACAUAUAGAAAAAACAAAGCAAAAGAAUUUAAAUCUGUGAAAGAUGUCAGUAAAACUUCUAUCCAGCAAUAAAUGUUUUGAGGGGGAGCAACGUAUUUAUUCUCAUUUUUCUAACGUCUUGGGAUGUGAGAUGAAAUUUGGUGCAUAUGUGCCACCAGCAAAUCUGGAGGAUAAUGUAACAUGCCCAGUUUUGUUUUAUCUCAGCGGUCUAACUUGCACUCAUGAGAAUUUUAUACAAAAAUCUGGUAUGCAACAAUAUGCCGCUAAAUAUGGGUUAAUAGUAAUUAAUCCAGAUACAUCGCCGAGAAACUUGGAUAUACCUGGUGAAGAGGAUUCCAAUGAUUUUGGCACGGGAGCUAGUUUUUAUAUUAAUGCCACGCAAGAACCAUGGUCGAAGAAUUAUCAAAUGUUCUCAUACAUUACUGAUGAACUGGUGCAACUAAUAAAUCAAAAUUUUCCUGUAAUACCAACAAAAAAAGGUAUAUUUGGGCAUAGUAUGGGUGGACAUGGUGCUUUAAUAUGUGCUUUGAAGAAUCCUGGACUGUAUCAAUCGGUUUCCGCUUUUGCGCCAAUCGCCAAUCCAGUGGGAUGUCCUUGGGGUCAAAAGGCUUUUAAAGGUUACUUAGGGGACAAUCAGGACUUAUGGAAACAAUGGGACUCUACCUAUCUGGCUGAAACGUACUCCAGCGGUCCAAUAGAGUUAUUCAUAGAUCAAGGCUGCAACGAUAACUUCUUAAAGGAAAAACAGUUGCUGCCUGAAAACCUGUUACAAGCAGCAUCGAGUAAUGACCAUUUGCAAACAAUUUACAAACAACGUGCGGGAUAUGAUCACAGUUACUAUUACAUAGCAACGUUUAUAGGCGAGCACAUAGCAUACCAUGCCAAAUUGCUUAACUGAAGUCAAUAAACAUCUAUUGCUUUUAAAUAUCUUACUCUAAAAUUAGUUUAUUUGUAUAUGCAAGCAAAUGGUCGC